AUGUCGGCCGAACAACAGCAAAAGCCGAAUCAUAUCCGUUGCACGAUCAUCGGAGCUGGAGUGUCUGGUAUUCUAAUGGCAUACAAGCUAAGGCAGCAUCUCAAUGACUAUGUUGACUUUCGGAUCUUCGAAAAAUCGCCAGAUCUCGGAGGAACGUGGUUCGAGAACAAGUAUCCCGGCUGCGCCUGCGACGUCCCAAGCCAUUGCUAUCAAUAUUCCUUUGCUCCAAACCCUUCUUGGUCCAAAUUCUACGCAUCAUCUGAUGAGAUACAGGGUUAUCUAAAGGGAGUUGCUCGGCACUUCAAUCUCGAGCGGUAUAUAUCCUUCAACACCAAGGUGAUCUCAGCACGCUGGUCCGAAAAUGAGAGUACCUGGACUGUACAGUUGGAAGAUGGGUCUCUGAUCACAUCGGAGAUACUGGUCAAUGCUGGCGGUAUACUCAAUCAUCCUCAGAUUCCGAACAUUGAGGGGCUCUCCGACUUUACUGGUCCGUUACUGCAUACAGCAUCAUGGGAUCAUUCGAUUGACCUCCGAAAUAAACGGGUUGGCGUAAUCGGCGCCGGAGCCAGUUCGAUCCAAUUAGUCCCCUCGAUUCAGCCUCUGGUUCAAGACAUGAAAGUAUUUAUCCGCACGCCUUCCUGGAUUGCACCGCCAGUAGCUCUGCCCGACCCCAAUGCGACGAACUACACUUACAGCACAGAAGAGAAGACUAUUUUCGAGGUAAAGAAGGACAUAUAUCUUGGUACCAGAAAGGGAUUGGAGGAUCAGUUCAACGGAAUGUUUCGAAUCUUCCUCAAGUCGAGCCCAGAGCAGAAGAGAACACGUGCCAUGUUCGAGUCCCGCAUGAGACAGCUGAUCCCUGAUAAAGACCUCCAGAAGAAGCUGAUACCUCCAUUCGAGGCGGGUUGCCGGAGAAUCAACCCCGGAGAGGGCUUCCUUACCGCUUUGCAAAAGCCAAACGUCGAGCCAGUCUUCGACUCGAUCGACAGAGUGACUCAAGGUGGCAUCGUGGCUGGUGAGAAGGAGUAUCAAGUUGAUGUGCUUGUGGCGGCUACAGGAUUCAACACGACCUUCAGACCUCGUUUUCCAAUAAUUGGUCGGAAUGGUAUCAACCUUCAAGAUUUAUGGCAAGAAGAUCCAGCAUCCUAUUUGGGCGUAGGUGUUGCGGGCUUUCCCAAUUACCUCAUUUUUUUGGGACCAAACACUCCAAUCUCGAAUGGAAGCUUGAUGGGUUCUGUGGAAGCGACCGCUGACUACUUCAUUCGUAUCCUUCACAAAAUGAUUCGCCAGCGUGUCAAGUCCUUCGAAGUGCGAGUUGAUGCUCAAAACGACUUCAAUACUCACACCCAGAAGGUUAUGCAGGACAUGGUAUGGACUGGGACAUGUCGAAGUUGGUACAAACAAGGAACAAACGGAAAGGUGACCGGACUCUGGCCAGGUAGCUCUCUUCAUUACAUCCAGGUACUGGCAGAAGAUCGCUGGGAGGAUUAUGAAUGGACCCAUGAGUCGGGGAGGUAUAGCUAUUGGGGUCAUGGACUGUCGUGGAUUGAGGAACCUGAUCUGGACCCAUUGGGCGCAACAAAGCAGGAUAUGGUUGAGGCAAUGACAACGCUGCCAAAGAAGGACUCUGACUUGAGCUUUUAUUUGUGGGAGAGCAGUCCUUUACCGGAAAGUAGUUUUGCAGAUGGGCUCUCGGAGGAGAGAGUGCAAGAUGGUGGGCACUUGGCAUGGAAGGAAGCCUUGCAUGCCACUACGACUUCGGAUGUUGAUAAACAUGCUACGGUAGCUUGCAUCACUGUGCCUGUUUAA